CGCGUAAGUCCGAUUUGCAGCGUUUAAAAGUCCCGAGAUCUUUCCAACAAAUAGGGAGGGAGAGCUUCGCUUCGCUGCGCCCCGAAGGGUCAUGACUAAUAAAAGGAAUGCGAAGACUCGGACCAAAUCCUGAGCUGUCCGGAAGCAGGAAGUUCGGUAACGUUUCUCCGAGAAGUGCGGAGCUUUGGACAACGUGGAGUGUUUAUUAUUGUUCGCUUCGGGUCUCUCGUUAAGACGCCAGGCCCAAGCUUCCACGCUUGUCAGGUGUUCUCCAGACUGUCACCUGUUUAGUGAAAUUAAAAAAAAAGAAAAAGAAAAAAAAAGGGACAGCGAGCCUGGGGCCGGCCUGGAAUAUUUUUCAUGACCUUUCUGGUGUGUAGGGUGAGUGGGAUGUGCCCUGAACAGCACUUGGAGGGAAAUGGUUAAGACUUCCCAUAGGAGGCUGUCAGCAGAACCCUGAUCUCUCACUACGUGGUGCGACCAGCCAUGUUGUUGUUUGGGUAUGCUUAUGUAAUGCUUUGAUUUCUUUAGCACCUGCCCCCUUUACAUUCAGGUGACUUAUAGGGUGAAGACGCUGCACGGGAAGACAGUAGGAUUUAUCACCACAAUAACAGUUACUUAGUGUCUUCAGCGUCAUCUCCAGCAGAAUUCAGAGAGAGCAUGGAUAGUAAAUCUCUAGCCUGUAUCACAGAACUUUUAUCGCCUGCCAUGUAAUUUUUUUAGUGUGAGUCUUAGGACCUUUUUACCUUGUUUCUUUAAGAUUUUAUUCAUUCAUUCAUGAGAGAGACAGAGGCAGAGGGAGAAGCAGGCUCCGUGCAGGGAGCCGGACGUGGGACUCGAUCCCAGGACUCCAGGGUCACACUCCAGGCUGAAGGCGGUGCUAAUCCCUGCCUUGCCCCCUGUAUUCUGCUUGUCAAAGGAAAAGCCUGUGAAAUUCUGUUAUUUAAAAAGGUGCAGCUAUAGUUGUAAUGUUUCCUCUGCUUAAAGGAAAAGAAAAACAGCACUUUGUUGAGUAAAUAGGAUAUGUAAUAGAUGAAGCACUCAGAACCAAGUAGGUGAUGAGUACAUUUGGUUGUAGUUGUUUGCCUACUAGAGAGAUUAGCAGGAUAGGAAAGAAUUAUUAGUGGUUUUCAGUCUUACUGCCCCUUUAGGAUUACCUGGAGAGAUGAAAAAAAAAAAUAAACAAACGAACAAAAAACGGUGCCUUAACCCCAGGGCAGGCCAACUGAAUGCCGGGUAUCUGAGUGAGAGUCCCAGGCAAGAAUGGAUUUUGUUUUUUUUUUUUUUUUUUUUUUUUUUUUUUAAGCAAGUCCCACCGGUGAGGGGCAGCCCAGGUGGCUCAGUGGUUUGGUGCCGCCUUCAGCCCAGGAUGUGAUCCUGGAGGAGACCUGGGAUCGAGUCCUGCGUCAGGUUCCCUGCAUGGAGCCUGCUUCUCCCUCUGCCUGUGUCUCUGCCUCUCUCUCUGUCUCAUGAAUAAAUAAAUAAAAUCUUAAAAAAAAAAAAAAAGUUCCACAGGUGAUUCUAAUGUGUAGCCAGGGUUGAAAACCACUAUUCCAGAGUAUGGGGAGGAACUCUGUGCCAUUAGUAAGCAGUAUGCCUUUUUAUAUUGGGAGUUAUUUCUGUGAUCUCUGCAAUCACUUUACCUCUCUUCCCCAUUACCUUGAAUCUGGGCUCUAGGUUCAAAUCUACCCCUAGUCACUUGGGUAGCUUAUAUAACCUUUAAGAUUAUUAAGGAUUAUAUGAGACCAUAUAUGCCAAGGAUUCAUCACAUUAUGUGAUACUGUGCUCAAUAAAUAAUAACUUUCAUUAGUUAUCCUCCACAGUCAGUGUUCUGUUUUGAGAAACAUAAGCGGCAGAGUACUAAGAAAUCAGAACUGCCAUUUUCAGACCUAAUGAUGAUUGACUUUUGUCCUAUUUUUCCAUUUCUACACAAUUGACAUGAGGUUAAAUUGCCAUGUAAAAUAUUUUGGUGACAAUUAGUAAGAAUCUUUAUUGAAAACCUUAACCUGUUUUGUGGUGACAUAGAGUAAUAGUAAUACAAAACUUUUUUUGUGUGUGUGACUUUGUCAUGCAUAAUACAAAGGAAUGCUGUGCUAGUUAGUAGCCCAGUUAGUGCCUAUAAAGGUUUUGAAAUAGGUGCUUAUGGGUUACUAUAACUGUUGAGCAGACUCGGUUUUUUUUGCCUCUAAAUACAGAUGGGAAAAACUAGUAAGGCAGUUAUGGUAAAACUGCUGCUGCUCCCAGCCCACCUCUUUUUUUAAACCAAGGAGCUCUUUAGAGAAGUCUUCCUUUACUGAUUUGGAAAUAAAUCAUAGUACAAACUGAAUUAUCUGUAAUUCUGAUCAGUCUGAAAAGAUAGAGAUUCAUCCAUGUGUAUUUUUCAUAGAUUUCACUUUUGAGUAGACCUUUAUAGUUGGAUAUUUUUGCUCUUUUUCCCUCCUUACUUCAGUGUAUCAUGUUAUAGUAUUACUCUUAUUUUGGAAAUCACUGUAUUCUCAUAUGACAUGAUUUUGCAAGUCAUUAUAGUGAUGUGACAAAGUAAGUUACCUUCCAUUUUCUACUACACAGGCAAGUUUUUGUUAGUUUGGGGGCAUAAUCAAAUUUUAGGGAUAUAAGGAUGUAAUAUAAUAAUUUGUAUAAACAAAGUCUGCUUUAAUGUGGUUUUCAAUAUUUAUUUAUUUGUUUGUUUGUUUAUUUAUUUAUUUAUUUAUUUAGUAGGCUCCACACCUAACAUGGAGCCCAGUGCAGGGCUUGAACUUAUUAUGACCCUGGGAUGAACACCUGAGCUGAGAUCAAGAGUCGGACGCUUAACCGACUGAGUCACUCAGGCACCCUGCAAAUAUUUUUAUAUUGAUUGCAAAUCAGACUUAUACUUUGUACUUCCAUCAUGAUCGGUUUUCUUUUUUGACAUUCUUCUGGAUGAGUGUAAUAAUUUUCUUCAUUGUUAGAUUUGCAAGUAGCAGUAUGGAACAAUAUGGCAGUUCCAACAGAGAGAUCUCUUAUACAGAAGCAUAUUUUGAGGAAAAGUGGUAUUUGAAGGAAGAGGGGAAUAAGUUCCUAUUAUUGCUUAAUAUUGAUGUACAUGUAAUUUAAAAGAUUUGAGUUCACACUUCAAUUAAAAGUAGAUUUUCUGUGUGUGUGUGUGUCUGUGAGAAAGAGAGAGAGAGAGAGAGGGGAAAGAAGGGGGAGGGAGAGAGUCUUCUCAUUCUAUUAUGUAGUGAAGAUGAGGGGAAAAGUGAUUACUAGGUGGUGUAGGCCAGAUUGGUUAGUAUUUUAAAAUUACGAAGUUUUUUUACCUCUCAGUAAAUUUGUGCAAAAUACUGUGAUCGUUGGUGAAGACUUUAACUUUUCAUAAUGAUGAUAGUGCUAAAGGAUGUUAAUCUAAAAGUUAGAAUUUAAAUAUAGUUUUUAGGCCAGUAUUUCCUAGCCGAUCUAUCACUAUAGCUGACAUUAUUUGCUUCUGUCUUCAUGCCCUCCUGUAUCGCAAUCACUUGGGGCUUUCCUAGGCAUAAUCUUUGACUUCUAACUUAAGCCCUGUCAUAGAGCCAAGUUAUUUUGCUAAAGUUUGUUUCUAAUAAUGUUAUUCUCUUUUAAUUUCACUAAAUUAUUGUAUCUUCGUGUACUCUCUUCUGAGGUAUAAUCUUCCUACCAUCUCCACAAAUAAUUCCUCAUCCUUCAGCACCAGUUUUUACCAAUGGCUGUGGAACUCACUCUCUUUGCUUGUCUUCAUCUCAGAUUUGGACUGAGCAACAAAUUUGAAUCAGAAUUCCCUUCUUCAUUAACUGGAAAAGUAGCUCCUGAAGAAUUUAAAGCCAGCAUCAACAGAGUUAACAGUUGUCUUAAGAAGAACCUUCCUGUUAAUGUACGUUGGCUACUUUGUGGCUGCCUUUGUUGCUGCUGCACAUUAGGUUGCAGUAUGUGGCCAGUUAUUUGCCUCAGUAAAAGAACACGAAGAUCGAUUGAGAAGUUAUUAGAAUGGGAAAACAAUAGGUUAUACCACAAGCUGUGCUUGCACUGGAGACUGAGCAAAAGGAAAUGUGAAACGAAUAACAUGAUGGAAUAUGUCAUCCUCAUAGAAUUUUUACCAAAGACACCGAUUUUUCGACCAGAUUAGCAUUUACUUUAUUUAUAGAGACUUUCCAAGUAUGUUGUCUUUCCAAUGGUGCCUUGCUUGGUGCUCUCCUGGUGGUGACAUAACAUUGGUUCUACAGAAUCGUGUGGUGUUUUUUUCUGUUUUUGUUUUUUUAAAUAACCGCAUGUUCUAAGUGUGCAUUUUUGUCAAACUUUGCAAGUUAUUUCAUACAGAUGUUUAAUACUUAAGUUAUUGUGCUCUUUUCUGUUAUGUAUUCUGAUUUUCAAGGAUUACUUUUUUGUAUUAUCAAAAAAAUACAUUUGAACUUAGCAUAAAAAGUGGCCAGCCUUUUUUAUUUUUCACCAAGGUACACACAGUCCUUUAUUUAUUAAUUCCAUAAUAUAGAAGAACACUUUUGUAAGGCUCUACUUAUCUAUUCUAGCAAGCACACUCUUUGUAUUAUUUUUCUUCCUUUUAAAAUUUAAAAUAGUUGUUAUUUUAAAACAAUAAGUUUUCUUUAAUAGCUUUUUGAACCUAACACAUCCUUUCCCAUACAAUUCCUAAUGCUCUGUUUACAGCAGAAAUAUCCCUAACAUUAUGAAAACCUAUCAAAAAAAUUUUGAAAGUAUUUCUGUCUUCAGAGGUAGUAAGGCAGGAUUAAAUUAUUUUUAUUAGAAUAGACAAAUAAUGAAUGGUUAUGCAUGCACCUAAUGGUUACUAGAGCUCAGGAUCACAAAAUACGGUAGCAUUACAAUCUGUGUAUAUUUUUGAUCAAGAUGAUAAUAAUGGCCUUACUUGCGUUAUUUUUUAUCAUUUAUCAAAUCUUAUAUAGAAAAGUAUGGAAAUACUCCUUUAAAAAAUUUCUAAGGAAAAUAUUUCUCCCAAUCUAACAUAAUUGUAAAAUGGCUAUGUUUCUGAAAAGUUUUUGAAAGAAAGCAAAAGUUCUAGAACUAAAAGUAAACUGGUGUUUAAUACCCCACUGAUACUUAGAUUAUUACUAAGAAAUGGAGGACAUAUUUAGUACUGUUUUUAUCCACUAGUUUGCUUUCAGUCCAGUUAUGUAUACUUUUUUGAUUGAGAAUGUGACAUAUAAGUUUCAGAUUAGUUUGUUUCUUUUAACUAUACACAUACAUUUUUUUUCUUUCCUUUUGGUUGUACAUAUCUCCAUGUGUUUUAAAACUUUCUAAAUUUCUGAGUGGCCUAUGUGUAAAUUUCUGUUUUUAUAGACCUGGCAUUAUACAAGUUUUAAUGUGUGUCAAAAACUUGUUCCAUACAGCUGUGGUAUCUAGCAAUAAUGUGAAUAACUUUUGAAAUUAUAUAAACUAUGCUUACUAAUUUGUAUUAAGAAUUGGUACCACUAUACAGUAUCUUUUCUCCUUGUAUUAAAUCUUUUAAAUACCAGUUUCUUUAAUUUA